GGCAAUAUAAAAUAGGAUUUGGUUUUGGGCUAUCACUUUUCCACAUUUGGAGCCUCAGUAACAUCCUGAGAAACGCAGUCAUUUGCCUCCCCCUCCUGGUGAACGCAGUAAUGGUGUGAAGAGACACAAAACAAUGGGUUAAAAUCUCUAUUAAGCCCUGUGACGUAGGUGUGGAAAGCGAGACCUGUUUCUAGAAAACAUCAAAAUUGUUAAUUUGCAUUGCAAAUGCAAUAUAUAUGCAUAGCAAGUACAGAAACAAAUAAAAACAAAACUUAAUUGCUAUUUACAGGGAUAUGACAUCAUGUUCACUUCUGUCUUCCGGACGGCAAAAAUCCAGAUAAUAACUAGUAAAAAUCCACAUGAUAUAUAUCGAAAAGAAAACGACGUCAUAAUGCAUAUCCUCAGAUUAUUAACUUGCCCUAAAAACUAAGCAAUCUUUUCUCCGAACCUAAGAGUCACAUACGUCAUUAUAAUGUUGGGAAGAUUCUCAUAUGAUGCGUCCGCUAAAGCUUUUCGUCAUGAGCGAGCGGCAUGACGUCAAGCCGCAUCAAACGCUUCCAUUCAGGCAGGGGCUUUAUUAUGCAGAAAUACCAAAAUGAUUGGCCUGAUAUCAAAAUGAGCGAUCAUAAAUAAUAACGCGAGAGUUUGCAAGUUGCCUGCCGACUGUAGUCACAACUGUCAAAGACAGCGGCGGAUAUACGCGCGCGACCCAGCACCCAUACUGUUACUGUACACGCUCGCGGAGAUAAUAUCCCUAUCAAACAAAUACACCGCAUUAUCCCGAGGUAAGGACCGGAAUCGCGCGACGCUGUGCCUUCCCCUCCGCUCUCCGUCGCGUUUACUUCUACCAGCCUCGAUUACUGCACUAAACAUAUCCCCGUGCCUCCUUUAGCAACAGCGAGAAGGUUUUUUUUUUUUUUUUUUUUUUUUUUACUCCUCCUUCGUAUUAAAGUCGCCAUUUUGCUUCACUGCCUAUGAAAGCUUCUUGUAUUUUCAUGUUUUUUGGCGGCGUUUCUGCGUUUUUGUGCGCGUGCUUUUGAGUUGGAUUUUAAUGCGAGAGCUCGUGGAUUACAUAUUAAUGAAGAGGGGCUCCGGGUGCAGUCUGGAAACACGGUGAAAGUGCUCGGCUCGAGGGCAUUUGCAUCAGCUUGCUCUUUUUUCUUCCUUUCUCCUUCUUCUUCUUCAUCCUCCUCCUCCGCGGACACGCGCAGCGGGGGCCGUGAGUGUGGCUACGGACCGUGACGCCCGUCUGUCCGCGACCCCCCGCGCGUCAGGUGCGUUUGCCAUGUAAAGUCAAGCGGCGCGACGCGAGAGAAAAGGCUACAGCCUGACCCCACGUGGGUGACCCGCUCACCCGCUCACCCGUCAGUGUUGGGUGGCUUUCCAGGCAUGGACACCUCCAGCGGUGCCCGGGUGGUGAAGCCUUCCUCGGGCUUGUCAAAGGGGCGCACUGCCAAACAGGCCCACCCCGCAGAGACGGCCCGAAUGGGCAGCACUGAAAACGACAAUCACAGUUCCUCCUACAAUGAGAAAUCAGAGGGUAAGAAGAAAGCACGCCCUCGCGUGGAGGUGCAGGAGCUGCGCAUUAUUCCCGCCCAUGUGAUGGUUCAGUGGAAAGAGGAGUUUAAGAGUCGGUCCAGGGUGAAGUGUCCAUGUUCAGGCUGCUGGUUGGAAUUCCCCAGUAUUUACGGACUUAAAUAUCACUAUCAGCGAUGCCAAGGGGCGACCAUAGCAGAGAAGCUGAGUCACAGCUGCCCGUACUGUGAGGCUGUGUUCGCCACCAAGGUGCGUCUUCAGAAGCACAAGCUCUGGAACCACCCAGAAAGGGUCCCCAUGGAGAACAAGUCCGGGGUCACCUCGGACACCAAAUCUGAUCCCAAGUCUGAACCCAAACAACAGAAGAGCCAUGUGAAAGGAAAUUCCAAAAAAAGGCCCGUCGUUUUCAAGGUGAAGAAGACCCAGGAGGUGUCUCGGCCCUCACAGAAUGGGGAAUGCGCCCCCCUAAGGCCGGAGAGGAAACAGCAGCAGGGGACAUCCCUAGACACUGGGGGCAGUGAGAGCGAGGGGGGCAGUUUACCCCCACCCUUCCCUGAGGAGGACCCUGAGAGAAUGAAGCACAGGAGGAAGCAGAAAACUCCAAAGAAGUUCACCGGGGAGCAGCCGUCUAUUUCAGGAACAUUCGGUUUGAAAGGAAUGAAUAAGGUGGAGGAGAAGUUGAAAGCAGGUCGGAUGAAGAGGGCGGAAGGGGCUCUGUUCUCUGAGGAGUCCCAAAGGAAGCAGUCGGUUCAAGCUCCCUCCAGAAAAGAAGCUGCUACUAACAGUUCAGGUCCCCCUGCUGAAGCCCAGUGGCAGAACACCAUCUCUGAGAGAGGGGAAGUGGUCUGUCCCACCUGCUCCGUCGUCACUCGCAAGACCGUCCACGGACUCAAGAAGCACAUGGAGAUCUGUCAGAAGCUGCGGGACGCUCUCAAAUGUCAGCAGUGUCAGAAACAGUUCCGAUCAAAAGCUGGACUCAAUUACCACAGCAUGGCUGACCACAUUAAGCCCUCGCCGAGUGAAAAUCUGUCUGAGGAGGAGCCGGAGGAGAGAGAGAGGCUACACUGCAUCCUCAAACAGAUGGGCCGAAUCAAAUGUCCCAGUGAGGGCUGUUCAGCUCAUUUCUCCAAUCUGAUGGGUUAUAAGUAUCAUCAGAAACGCUGUGGCAGAGAGCUGCUAUGCGGACAGAAGCCUGUCUUCCUGUGCCAGCACUGUGGUAAGACCUAUCGCUCAAAAUCUGGCCGUGACUACCACCUGCGCACCGAGCACCCGGUCACUGCCCUGUCCGCACACUCGCUCACAGCUGAGGACUGGCAAAAGGAAGACAGUAAAGAUGAGGAGGAUGUGCUGGAGGACGAAGAAGAGGAGGAGGAGGAAGAAGAGGAAGAACCUGUGCAAAUAAAGAGCAGGGAGAAUGCAAAGGUGAGAGCAGACGAGCCGGAGGAGAAGAUGGAGGAGAGGAAGGAGGAGAAAACGGAGGUGGAGGAGCUGCUGGAUUUGGAGAGGACGCCCAGUGGCAGGGUGCGCCGGCGCUCGGCUCAGGUGGCAGUGUUCCACCUGCAGGAGAUCGCAGAGGACGAGCUGGCCAAAGACUGGGGCACCAAACGACGCAUCAAAGAUGACCUCGUACCAGACAUCAAGAGGCUCAACUAUACUCGACCAGGUCUCCCCAACUUUAGCCCUGAAACUGUGAACAGCUGGAAGAACGAGGUGAAGGAAAAAGGAUUUAUCUGCUGCCCCAACUGUAACUGCGAGGCUAUCUACUCAAGUGUAUCUGGACUUAAAGCACAUUUGGCAAGCUGUAACAAGGGAGGGGGCGAUGUAGGGAAGUACACUUGUUUGCUCUGUCAGAAGGAGUUUAACUCUGAGAGUGGCGUGAAGUACCAUAUCAGCAAGACACACUCUCAGAACUGGUUCCGGGCGUCUACCAACGAGGUAACCAACAACAAGAAAAAAGAGCCAGAGAGCAAUGGCUUACAGAAGGACAUGAAAAACGUAGUGCCUGGGAAGAGGAGGGGACGAAAGCCUAAAGAGCACCACCUGGUGACAGCACCUUUUCCAGCAAAGACUCAGAGCUUCAGCCCAGCUCCAGCUCCGCUUCCACCCCAGACCGUAAGCCCAGCCUCAGAAACCCAAACCCACAUGCCCAACCCCAUCACCCCAACCACUCCCCCUGCCCCAGUGGACAGUGGGAAUCCAGCCCAAGCUAGAGACACACAGCCUCCUAUAAAGAAACGAGUCAAAACUAAGAAAGCGCAGACCGCUGAGUAACUCUGCUUUCAAUCCGUCACCACCAGAAGGGAUGUUUUCCGAACUACUCCGGAUAAAACUUUAGUCAAUUCGGUCACAGAAAUGAAGGAUGGCACAGAAGAACGAGCUCAGAAAGAUGAACGGCAGAACGAGGGGAUGAAAAAUGGAAGAAAACUACAAUGAUUUGCCCUUGUAUUGAUUUCACACUGAUCUUUGUGUUUUUUAAGCUGAGUAUAUACAUUAUGUGUGUGCUUGUGUUUACUGAUAUAUAUUACUCCUGUCGGUUUUUCAUUCCAUUUUUAUAGUUGAUUUUAUUAAGUUGUUCACUCUAAAGGGGUUAAUAACAUUUAUAUAUA